AUGGCCUUUUAUAAUGCCGGAGAACAACAAACAGAGGAUUACCUUUUUAAGAUUGUUCUGAUUGGUGACUCGGCUGUGGGUAAAUCGAACUUGCUUGCCAGAUUUGCUCGGGAUGAGUUUUAUCCUAACUCGAAAUCAACAAUCGGCGUGGAAUUUCAGACCCAAAAAAUGGAAAUUAACGGCAAGGAGGUUAAGGCACAGAUAUGGGACACUGCUGGCCAGGAGAGGUUUAGGGCUGUAACUUCCGCUUAUUACCGAGGCGCUGUUGGGGCACUCGUUGUCUAUGACAUCAGCAGGCGUCGAACUUUUGAAAGUGUUGGUAGAUGGCUUAACGAACUCCAUACUUACUCAGAUAUGAAUGUGGUGACAAUAUUGGUGGGCAACAAAUCGGACCUGAGGGAUGCGCGUGAAGUGACAACUGGCGAGGGCAAAGCCUUGGCUGAGUCUCAAGGGCUCUUCUUCAUCGAGACCUCGGCCCUCGACUCCUCUAAUGUAGCGUCAGCCUUUCAGACUGUUGUGAAGGAGAUUUUCAGUAUUUUGAGCAGAAAAGUCAUUCAGUCUCAAGAAUUCAAAAUGAAAGAUCCCGGGUGGAUGGAGAAUGGGAAAAAAACUACGAUUGUUUUACGAGGCGAUGAGAAUAAGGAAAGCGAAGCCCAACAGAGUAGAAAAGGUGGGUGCUGUUCGUCGUGA